CUGUACUGAUGUGUCAGAGGAAUCUCGUGUAUGCUAUAUCGUGACACUGCCCGGGACCUGCCGCGCGCGCGGCGAUACACUUGAUGCGCGCGUAGGAGUGGCUUUCGUGAAUCGAAUACCGUAAGACAGAUCAGUUUGUGCGAUCGCGCCGCUCGUCUCGACGGAUGUUUACGAUUGGCAUGUUAAAUGGCAGUGAACAUGGAAGUGUCGGACGCGACCAGAGAGGUUGACACUUGUCUCUCGACGGAUUUGAUGGAAGCCGACGAUACUAAUUCGAAGAUCAACGAUGACACGUUGAAGAAUGAGCCGCGCGCCGACGAUAUAACGGGUGGCGAUGAGAAAUCCGUGGAGGCGCGAUCGACGAACGACGGGUUAUGUACUGGUGCUUCUGACAGCAGUAAUGUCGUAAGCGAGAAACGUGAGGAAAUUGCCGAUUCAUCACAAGCGGCAUCGGAAGAUCGCAGGACCGAAUCGUCGGAAGCAACAAUGGAAAAUGCCGGCAGUAGCCAAGGUGCUCAGACUCCGUUGGCUUUCACCAUUGAUUUCGGUAACAACAAGGAAGUGGACACAGCGAGGUAUCAGAAUCUUUUCGAGAGGUACAAUGCCAGGCACAAGCGAAAUCUCUCUACGUCCAAGGUGGAAGUAAAAUCGAAGAAGCCAAGUACUAUACUUUCUCCAAACCUGGUGCAAAAGCAGAAAGUUCCUAGCACUCAUUCAGAAGGUUACUUUAGUAGCGAGGAUGAUACAAAGCGAAAAACUGACCAAUUAUCAGAAAGACUUAAACAAUUAGGCAUCAAGAAUCUUUCAAGAGCACAUUCUAGCACAAAGAAGUCUUCGAAUGAAGGCCCCUGUCAUCAAAAUAAGCAGAAUUCAAUGACAAAAUCCUGCGAUGAUGAAUUGCGGCGUAACAAAUCAUUGUCACCUCAUAGCCUCUCUUUAGAACUUGAAUCCAAUGAAAACAUAUACUGGACAUCUCAAAGAUCUGCAACGAUAAAUGAUUUAAGUCGUAUUCAAAUUAGCAAUUAUGAUGACGACGAAAAUGAAAAGCAAUACACGAAGAAUAUCGAGUACAUUGAAAUAGAUCGCGAAUGCAAGGAAAUAAAUGAUAUUGAAGAUAAUAAAGUAUCUAAUAUGAAUUAUAUUACCGAUGAUUUUAAUAUAAAAAAUGCAAACGAAACGGACAACAACUUAACGAGCGUCAGUUACACAUUGGAUCUGAAUGCAGAUAUCAUAACGGAGACCAAUCUGGAUGUAUUUAACGUCAGCAAUAUCGAUGCUGGUUCCGAUGGUGCAGUGAGUGAAGCUGGGACCUAUACGAUUCACAAAGAUUAUACUGAUGAGGAAAAAGCGAGAAUGGAUAUCGAUAAAGUUUUCAGUGUCGGUGUUCUGACAGAAGAUGAGAGCAACGAGACAUAUGUUCACAAUUUUAAGAUGAGCAUUUCUCGCGAUAAUAACGCGUGGAUAUCGGAAUGGGCUACUCAAGUAGCCGAGCACAACUCGUUACCUCCGUUAAUAGGUGGCUCAACGGGACGUACACCACCUCUGAGUCCCACCAAGAUACCAUCUCCGAUUCAUGCUAGAUCUCAACGAAUGUCACGUAACCGUUAUGAGCAACCGGAUAAUAAUAUCGAUACGGAUACGUAUGUACGAAUAAAAGAAAGGAUGGGUUUGAUCUCGAGUCAGCAUCAAAUUAUAGACUCCGGCGGUGAAUCUGACGACGACACCAGCAAUAGUUACAACACACCGCCCAAUAGCUCACAACGUACACCUGUGCACGUUCGACGCGGUAGCUUGUCCGAGUCUUUAUUUCGACGAGCAAACAGCAACGAAACUAGGCGAAGCGCUCGAAAAUACAUGAGUUCUGCCAAAUCAAAAACUGCUGAUACCAAUGUAGAAUUAUUGAAAAGCCCGUCCCAAGUUUUAUCACCUCUUCAUUUUGAAAGAAGAAGCAGUUCUUUAGAUAGGAAAGAAUGUGCUUCUGAUACAACGGAAUCUAAUACGUCCAGAAGAAAUAGUAUGAAGUAUCAUAAAGAAGAAGACUGCAAACAUACAAAUAGUCCCAUCUUAAGUCGUCUUAGACCGCCUACGCCAAAAUUGACCAACAGUCCAAUCGUGAGUCGCAAGGCUGCUACAACGAAGAUGCUUAAUUCUCCUAUGUUGGAAAGACCUAAACACUUGGCGAAGUCGUCUCAACAAGCCAAAAAUAUAGGAUAUUUUACGUGCGUCGAAAAUAGUCCAUAUAUGUUGCGAAAAUCUAACAGCACUACGAAUUAUCAUGAAGAAACUAGUUAUUUUGAUAAGGAUAUGCCUAUUAAAGCGCCUAAUAUGUUGCGAAACAGUCCAGAACUUCAACGGCAUCUCAAUAUACAAAGAUCAUCGAGCAACGCGAGUAUUAGAAACAUGAAGUCGCAGAAUAUGGUGUCGCGUCGUAGCAGUUUUAAUAACAGCGACUUUGACAGAAUAUCAUCGAGGGGAAAGUUUGCUGUCGCCUCUGACAGCAGUAGCGAAGCUGGCGAGCAACAAGGAAAAUCCCCUCUAAUGCCAAUCUCGUCUGGAAUCAAGUUAAAUAGAGCUUUCAGCAUAAGAAGAGCGAGAUUAAAUUGCGAAUCCGAUACAACGCCGAAUACGACCCCGGAAGAAAGACGCAGGAGAGCACAAUCCGAGAUAAAGACUGUAGCACCCGCGAAUAAGCAACAGAAUUAUCAUCGUAGUCGCACAAAUAGUGUCGGGGCGCACAAUAAAGAGUUAUCGAAGAAACCAGAGCCAACGAAAUUCAGAGCACCGUCCAUGUCUAGGACUGAUACCGGGAGAUUUAGUAUGAGGGCACCGAAGUCCGCUCAUCAUCCUUCCAUUAGUCAGAAAACAAAUCAAAAGCCAAGUAAAGACCACAAGAAAUCAACUAGAAGCAAUUCCACUCUUACGUCCAAGGAGGUAGAGUUUCAAAAUUGGAAGAGACGGAAAAGUUACGAUCCGAUGAAAGCAGCGGCCGAAGGUAGAAAGAAAUUAAUAGACAGCACGAAGAAACAUCAUAGUACCGAGGACGGUUCUGGACACCAUGACAGUUCUGUGCUGAGAUCUGCAAGUUUUCAUGGUACAGGAGGUACUCUCUCAUUAGCCAACGACUGGUCGGACAAUGAAUUAAAUUAUCCCUACGAAGAUAAUCAAGUGCCGCCGCCUAGCAGUCCGCAAUUGGAGAGCGACAGUGAUUUGGAAACUUCGUCCUAUCUGCAAACGACACAAAACGUCGUGUCCGCCAUGUCUGCUCGCAUGACGGGAUAUUGCCCUCCACUAGAUUCCGAUAACGAGAGUGAUGAAGAUACGAGUCACAGCCUGCAUCAAAACAUAUCGAAAGGAUUAUGCCAUCCGAGCGACACGGAGAGCAGCGAUGAACAGCGGCAUCCUAUCCCGCAAUCUUCUCUCUGCAACUCUAAAUACAAAGACUUUAGUAUGCGUAGGGCAAAAUUAGAUCUGCAACGAACAAAACCUGUGUCUUCCAAUAUAAACAAAGCUAAAAAUUUAUCGCACGACGUUCGUAACAAGUCCGAGUCCGUUUCCAGCACCAAUAGAAUAGAUUCUGGACGAUCUAGUGCGCGAGUUAAUAGAGCUUCAAGCAUGGGGCCUAAAAGCAAGCCAAAGGAACAGAAAAAGCCUCCGACACCAAACGUACGGGAAGUCGAAAUGCAAAACUGGAAACGUCGCAAAAGCUACGAUCCCAUGAAAGCAGCAAUGGAAGGAAGGAGAAAAGCGGGUUUGGCGAAGAAAAAUAUCAAUUCAAAUCUGUCACCGAGCCAUGUAGCAAGAUCGCAAAGUUUUCAUGGAUCAGUAGGAUUGGCUAUCAGUGACUGGAGCGACGAGGAACCGGUCAUAUCUGCAGAUGAAACACUUUAUUAGAACUGUCUCAAAACUAUCAGAAGCGGGAUAUAUGCCUGAAAGUAAUGUAAAACCAAUUACAAAAAUUCAUGUAUAUAAAUUGCAAACCUGAGCGAAUUUUAUAGAAUAAUUUAUGAGCACUUCUAUAUCUACAUCUAAAUCUGAAACAAUUUUAGCAAGACAAGUACAUGAAUACGAGAAAUCUUUUCUAUAUUAUAAAUUUCUGUGUGAGAGUUGACUCCCGCAUAAUUGCUAAAUUUUGAAUUAUAAACAAAUUGUACUUCCUGAAAAAAAUGAUAGUUAAAGAUUUUGGACCAUAUAUCGUGGUAUUAAUGCAAAAAUGUGCAAUUUCUUAUGUUAAUUUAAUUUGAAGUAUUGAAAGACAUAUUUUUUUUCUCAA